GGCAUGACGUUGGAAGGACGUCGCGCGUUCCCCGCUUACAUGUUACGCGCACCGAAAAAACUCGAAAGAUAAAAUUGAAAAGAUUCGCAGUGCUGUGAAGUGAAGUACCAAAACUGUACUUGUUACCUUAUCGCAGUGCGUCAAUUUUUUUAACUGAUAAAGUGAUGUGGCAAAGAUUAAAUUGAUUAUAAGUGAAUUUUUAGAAACAAAUUAAGUGUUUCAAGUUUGAUAGUUUUUCAAUAUUCAUCUUUGGACCCUUUCAUCUUUAGUUUUUCACCUGAAAUAUUGCUGUACUGGAGAAAAUGUAGACGACUAGUCCUCUCAUCAUAAAAAAAUUGGAAAAUUUCUUCACCAAUCAACGGCACUAAUGAAGCUUCCCACAGACGGGAUAUUGAACUAGCAGCCACUCGAACUACCUUCAAGCAAUAAAACAACCAACAAGCUCUACCAAUUUAUACCAAAGUCACUGCAAGCGAAAACAAACUGUAUUACCCAAGCCAUAAGAACGAAAACCCCGAACGACCCGGAUUCCAAUGGCUAUGCCCGGGAUUGGAAAGUCAAUCCAAGCGAUAUGUCAAUUAGAACUGAUUCCCAAUUGUAAUCAAGCACGGAAAUCCAAAAAGUUACAUGACGAAGUAGUUUUUCAGACCUGACUCGGCAUUCUUUUCGUUUUGCAUCCUGCUUUUGAUCGCGUGGAAACAAAAAGAAGACAAUCAAAACCAAUGUAUGGCAUAGUCAAUAGAACGAUCUUCAACGACACCCAAGCCAGGGAUUCGUAUGGCGACUCAAAGUCUUAACUACUGUUCACUGCCCAACUUUGUUGCUUUAUCUUCGCGUCUUCUCAUACUGGUAUCUUUAGUAUUGCUCCAAGUCAACGCUGUGGUGGCCUCGGAAGACAUCAACGAAUCGCUGGACAUUGAUUUCAACUUCACCAGUCCGAACUCCACACUCAACUGGACUCUUUUCGAAGACAACUCGACUUUUAUCCAGCCAAUCCACAUAAAGCACUACAAAUACUCCACCGCCUUCAGUAUUAUUCUCUCCAUUAUAUUCCUCAUAGUCAUAUCUGGGACCAUCAUCGGCAACAUUCUUGUUUGCAUCGCCGUGUGCUUAGUCAGAAAAUUGAGAAGACCCAGCAAUUACUUGAUCGUAUCGUUGGCAGUGAGCGAUCUGUGCGUAGCUAUCAUAGUGAUGCCGAUAGCUAUGGUGUACGACAUAAUGGGAACAUGGCCUUUCGGACCUGUGAUCUGUGAUUUCUGGGUAUCGAGUGACGUUCUCUCGUGCGCUGCCAGUAUUCUCAACCUGUGCAUGAUAUCUGUUGACCGAUACUAUGCGAUCACGAAACCCUUGGAGUACGGUGUCAAGAGAACGCCUAGGAGAAUGUUUUUUUGUGUCUUCAUAGUCUGGAUGAGUGCUGCUUUCAUAUCGCUGCCGCCAGUUCUAAUUUUGGGUAAUGAGAAGACUGAUACGUCAUGUUUGGUGUCCCAAAAUAAGGUGUAUCAGAUUUACGCGACGCUCGUUUCGUUUUACAUACCGCUCACGGUGAUGAUGGUUGUUUAUUACAAGAUAUUUAGCGCUGCUAGGAAGAUUGUGAAGGAUGAGAAGCGAGCGCAGUCCCAUCUUGAGACGCACUGCUAUCUUGAAAUCAAUGUCAAGAAUGGAGGGGCGGCUGAAGCGAGGCUGCUAGGGACGCAGGCAGCUCAACCAACUGCCAGAGGGUCUACUGCUAGCACAAAUACUACUAUCAGUGUAGAGAAAACAGAAAGCACUAUAGGGAGAUGCUUCAGCGGGCAGCGAAAGUCGAAUGAGUCGCAGUGUCCGAUGCUGGCCCAAAAGACUCCCACAAAACCUAUCCACACCAUCAACCGCUCCACGUCCCAAGUGGGUCAGACUCCAGACAAUAAUAAACUCCAGGUCAAAGAGAGACGAAGACAAUCCUCAGAGAGCAGUAACAAGCUUACAGCGAACAGAAUUCGCUCGUCCCUCUCAAAUUUUGCUCAAAAAAGCCACAUUGCCAAAGACUUACUUCACACCACCCACUCGCCACACCAGAAGAAGCUGCGGUUCCAGCUCGCUAAAGAGCGAAAGGCGUCGACAACCCUCGGCAUUAUAAUGUCGGCAUUCGUCAUCUGCUGGUUUCCAUUCUUCGUGCUGGCCCUCAUAAGGCCGUUCCUCGAAGAAGGGGCCAUCCCAGACGCCAUCAGUGCGUUGUUCCUAUGGUUAGGUUACAUAAACAGUUUGCUUAACCCCAUAAUUUACGCGACUCUCAACAGAGACUUUAGGAAGCCGUUCCAAGAGAUUCUCUUCUUCAGGUGUUCUAACUUAAAUCAUAUGAUGCGUGAGGAGUUCUACCACAGCCAGUACGGUGAUCCUGACCAGCAUUACUGUGUGAAUAAUACUACCAAAGUGCAUAACUAUGACGAGGGUGUUGAAAUCGUGUCUGCCGUCGACCGAGAGGAGACCAGAGCCUCUGAGAGUUUUCUAUGAUUGUCAAUGCUUGAGGUCGACACCAAAGACCGCGAUACUGUGAUGUAAUUAAGACUUUAAUAUAAACCACGGUCUAACUGUGUUGAUUUUCACUUACGUUGUUGCAUAAGACGUUUCAAACCUAGUCGUUACUUAUUUAUAAAUAAUUAUUCCUCAGAGAUUUAGUCAGGUUGUUUUUAUUAAAAUAUAUAUAACGAUGUAUAAAUUAGGUAACUUUGGCAAGUGUAUAAAUUCAGGGAAGAUUUGAAGUAUUUCGAUGUGUUUUGGAAUGACCAAAGAAAUGUCUAACUUUAGUGAAGAUGUUUUAUAAUAUAGGCUGUUGUGAAUUUAGUAACUAUAGUAUUAAUUCCUAUUAUGUUGUUAUGUGAAGUGUAUAUUGACAUUGCAAAUAGAAGUCAGAAGUAUUUUAAUCCAUGUGAUAGUAGGUAAUAUGUAGAACUAAUUUACGUUUAGUGUCUUAAAUUUGAUUUUCAUUGCCAAUUGUUUUUCACGUAUAAAUAUUUAUUUUAGUUUGUUUAUCCUUAAAGUGUUAAUACGGUUGUCUAAAAGUAGUGUCAAAUUCAGAAAAUCUAUCUACUCCAAGGUACCCUUUGAUGUCGUACAGUAUUGUAGAUUGUUAUAAUUUGUGACGAUCUCAUCUAUAUGAAUCAUUAAGAUCAAAAUAUUGAACUGAACUUGGUUACAUUUUCUUCUGUGAUUAGUUAUUGACAAUAGAGAUAUAAGGAUUGGAGUUUAAAAAAAAUAUAGUCCGAAGGGUAUUCUAUCUCCUGAUUUGACAUUACUUUCUGGGCCACCCUGUAUUUUAUAAAGUAUUAUAAGUCUAUAUUUUCAUGUAUUUAUUAGCAAUGUUAUAUAGUUUAUUUAUAUAAUUGGCUAUUAUAGGGUAAAUUUUGGUAUUGGUACUAAUCUUGUAAUUGUAUUUCAAAUAAAAUAGAAUUAUUUCACAAUUGGCACUGCCACAAAACGUAAAAAUAAGUUAAAAGUAUUUGUAUGACAUUAUUAUUGUCUAAAUGUUACAAUAUAUUUUGCAUAAUAUAUUCUAUUCACAACGCAUGUUUCAAAAAUGUGUAAAAAUACAUAAUUUCUAUAUAAACUACACAUCACUUCGGCAUAUCGCUUUUUAUUAAUUUCAUGUUUCAUAGAAACAAUAAAAUAUUUAAGUACAUACGUAAUUCUUUAGGUCGGUUGAUAUAUUGUUACUAUAAAGUAGAGUAUUGAAUUAAAAGAUCAAAGUUCACUGUUAAAAUUGGGUAAAGCCUGGUCCGUGAGCACGUAGAAUCCACGUAAUUAUGUUGCUGUCGCGCUCGCACACUCACUGCGGGCGCGCGUCGCACAGUCGCGACAGCAAUAUAAUUACGCGCGAGCGAUAAGGAUGGGUAGCUUGGGGUCAUUGGACGGGAUUCUACGUGCUCACGGACCAGGCUUUACCUACAGUCAGCGUCAAAUAGUUCGUGACACCCAAAGUAGCUAAAAAGUUCGCAACGUCUUUGUUACAAUUUGAAUAAGGUGUUGUCAACUUUUUGGCCACUUUGGGUGUCACGAACUAUUUGACGCUGACUGUACUAACUGUUGCCUGCGGCUUCAACCGCGUCCAAAGUUGAAGAGAUCGCGGUACUGUUGUCAGUAUUCUCUUUUUAAUAAAACAAGCAUAAGAUAUUCAUUUUUAUGCUAACCUCUUUCAAUAUUUUACUGAUAUUAUGUACAAGGUAUCCUUUUCGUUAAAAAAUAGGUUUUUGUACAACAUGGAUAUGAAAUGACCUAUAUAUUAUUGACCGGCCUAACGAAACUUUCGCUUUAAGAUUUAUUAAUAUAAAAUAAAAAUAACUAUGUCGGUGUUUGUAAAUAUUGUUAAUAGUGCACAAUUGACAUAAAUUAAUAAUAAGUUAAUAAUAAUUGUAGGUGAAAUAUGCAGACACCGUGUGGGGAAACUACGCUUGGAAAAAAAUAUUAAUUCGACAAAUUGAUGUUUAAUUUAAAUACUAAACUUUCUUUGAUGUAGUUUCUUUGCAUAGAUAAUAAUGUGGUUGUAUGUGGAUAUUAAUUGUUUAUGACCACGGAAUUUCGCUACAGUAUCUGUCUACUAAUGGACUAAUGGUACCAUGCCUUGACCUUUCCAUUUCUUGUGUCUAAUAAAAAUGUUACUUCGGAUUUGUAGAAUAGUGCGAUAAACUCAUUUAUGUACCUAAGUACUAGCGGCCGCCUGCGACUUAGUACGCGUGGACUCCGUUUUACCUCCUUAGGGGUUGAACUUUGCAACAUCCCGCCUUAGUGAGCAUCUACGUUCUAAAAGGAAACCCCAUGCAAAAUUUGAGUCUUCUAGCACUUCUAGUUUCUGAGAUUUCGUGAUGAGUGAGUCAGUAAGUGACCUUUAGCUUUUAAUAGUACUAAAAAAAGUUAUCAGAAAGAUUCGGGACUGUUCCCACCUCUCGAUCCAACUGCUGCAACUCCUGUAUAACCAGGAUCUACAACUUGAUCGCCAAUAAAAACCCAACCAGUGAAGGUCAAGCUUGUCCCAGGAUAAUUUUAUACUAUCAUUGCACAAAAUUAAUCAGAAGAACAUAGGAGAUACCGGGGAAUGAAGAGUGCCUGAAAAAUUAUAAUUUUCAAACUUGUCUUUACAACCAAAGGCAAGAUAUUGCUCUAAUUUAUCUUAAGAACUUAAUAGAACGUUAUACUGUUAAUACGAUAACUCUAUUAUAAAACGAUACAAGAGAGGAGACGUUAUGUUUAUUUAUGUUAUUAGAAGUUAGAUAAUUUUCCGAAAAAACUCAGCCACCGAUUCGCAAUACACUGUAUUGUAUAUUCACGCGACAAUAGACACAAUGUAAAUGUUAUUUUAUUACUUUCAUUUAAGAUUUUUUCGAUUGCGGAUUAUAACUUCGCAAAUUGAACAGUAAGAGCACUCCAAUUUGAAGAAAUGAAAAACUCGCGAACUUCGUAUGUCAGUUGAAUGAAUACCUAAAACAAUUUUAAGGUACCAUUCCACUGAACAGGAUAAUAUUGAAUUUUCAGGUCCAAGGUAGAUUUUCGAAGAUAAAAGAAGAAUCGAGAAUAAUUAUUUAGUGUUUAUUUGUAAUUUUGGGCUACAAAAUUUUUGAUCCCAGCUAUUAACAAACGAUUUUUUUUGAGUAGGUGAAUUAAAAAGAAAAAGCACUUAAUUGCUUUAUGGUUGAUUUUUCAACCGUCGGAUAUUUUUAUCUCAAUAACAAAAUGGAUAUUUUUUAUUCUUCAGUAAAACUUAUUCGAUGAUUGAAAUAUCAGCCUUUAGAACAAUGCUUCCUUUCAAUCCACACCAUAAA